AUGCUGAGCCCGGAGAGUGCCGAUGCAAAUAAGAAGAUGGCGUCGCAGUGGUCUCGCAGCAACAGCGCAGACAACAAAGUCCCGCACACUCGCAUGGACGAUGAAGCUGCAAUCCAGCAAAUUUACACUUUUGGGAAGAAGCUGGGACAAGGGAACUUUGGCGUUGUGAUUGAAGCCACACACAAGGAAAGCGGCAAGAAGUGGGCCAUCAAGAAAGUCAACCGAGAAAAGGCCGGGAGUUCUGCUGUCAAGCUGCUGGAAUGUGAAGUUUCCAUCUUGAAGAGAGUUUGUCAUAAACAUAUCAUCCACCUGGAGGAAGUCUUCGAGACCCCCAAGCGGAUGUACCUGGUGAUGGAGCUCUGCGAGGGCGGGGAGCUGCGGGAGAUCCUCCUGCGCAGAAAGCGUUUCCCAGAGACGGAAACCAGACACGUCAUUCACAGCCUGGCCUCUGCCAUCGCCUACCUGCACAAGAAAGAUAUCGCCCACAGAGACCUGAAAUUGGAGAACAUUUUAGUGAAGAGUAACGAGAACCAAUCAGAGGAGGAGAUGACGGGGAAUAUUAAGGUGACGGAUUUCGGGUUGGCGGUACAGAAGGGCGGAGUCGGCAGUGAGAACAUGUUGCAGACCACAUGUGGCACUCCUGUUUAUAUGGCGCCAGAGAUCAUCAACGCUCACGAUUACAGCCAGCAGUGCGAUAUAUGGAGCAUCGGCGUCAUCAUGUAUAUGCUGUUGUGCGGGGAUCCGCCGUUCAUGGCGAGCUCGGAGGGGGAACUUUUCAAGCUCAUAAAGAAAGGAAAGUUAAACUUUUCGCCCGCGGUGUGGCAGAGUGUUAGCGACGCGGCCAAAGAGGUUCUGCAGAAGCUCCUGAGAGUGGAUCCCGCAGACCGGAUCACGGCUAACGAGUUACUUGACGACCCCUGGAUCACGGGGAAAACGAGCACAAUUCAGCGCCCCGGCAACGUCUUAGAGAUGAUGAAGACCUGGAGGAACAGCCUGGAGAGCGACGACCAUGUCGAUGGCGACUCUGACGGCUUGUUACCGGUCCAGAGAAUUCCGCUGGACUUAGGGGAAGAUCGCGCCAGUCCGGCCAGCAGCAACGGAACCUCCGAGACCGACAGCAGCAACAGCAAACCGUCUACGCCAACGAAACCGGCCGGCAAAAAGAAAAUGUCGCCUUGUCCUUUGCCCAACGGAACCCCUGUGAAGAAGAACUCUGGCCUGAAGUCUUCCGGCAAUCACGCUGAACGGGCUCAUUUCCGUUCCAGGUCAGCGAACUGCUAA